AAAUUGUGCAGAGCUGAGUGGAUAAAUUGGCAUUCUGAAAUUGAAAUCCUGGUCUACGUAAUUUGCAGAAUUCAGAUCCCCCGUCUUGAAUCAAAGUACUACAGAAAACUUUAUAUGAUUAGUUUAAUUGAACAAUUUAAUUAAAAAAAUAUGGAAUUCAACUCAUUCAAUCAUUGACUUAAAUAACUUAUACUUUUAACUGGUGUUAAGUUGCUCUUAGCACUAGAAUUAAGGGUUAUCUCUGCACAAAACUUUUCAUGUCAACUAUGGUGUUGCUCUCAGAAAAACUUUGCUCUUCUGAAAAUGAUUGAUAUCAUACAAUACACGCACCAAACCCGCCUCCUCAUGACCAAGUCUGACUCAUGAACAUUUUCAGUGUUUUCAAUUUCUCACACAUAGAAUUGCUUUAGCAGCCUCUAAUAAAUAUAACUUUUAUAUAAACCAAAAAAACGAGGAAGAGAAAUCUUAAAUUCAGGAACCAAGUCCAUUAGCAAACUUAUGAAAUGCAAUUAUGCAUCUUGCAAAAGACUUUCUGCAUACAUUCCUUCAGCUUCUUCUUCUUCUUCGGCUUUGCCAAUCUUUGGACACAACUAUCACUUCGAGCAAAUCCAUCAAAGAUGGUGACUUCCUUGUGUCUGAAAACCAAAUGUUUGUGCUAGGAUUCUUUAGUCCUGGCACAACAAGACACCGUUAUGUUGGUAUUUGGUACAAGUUUUCAGAAGACAUGGUUGUGUGGGUUGCUAACAGAGAUGAUCCUGUCAAUGAUACCUCUGGUAUCCUUACAAUUAAUGGUGAUGGGAAUCUUGUACUACUUCAAAACAGUAGUCAAGGCCUUCCUCUGUGGUCAACAAAUGUUUCUGUCAGACCAGUAAGUAACAAUAGUACUAUGGUGCAGCUCCUGGAUUCAGGAAAUCUUGUUUUGGUUACUGACCUAGUCAACAACCGGAGUGGCUUCUUAUGGCAGAGCUUUGAUUAUCCAACAAGUGUUAUUAUUUCUAACAUGAAAAUUGGGAUGGACCAUGGUAAGAACAUAUUCCUCACAUCUUGGAACUCAAAAGAUGACCCAGGAACUGGGAUUUUCCCUUUAAGGACAGAACCAAAUGGGUCCCCUCAGAUAAUCUUGUACAAGAAUAGGACUAAGUUAUGGCGGGCAGGUCCAUGGAAUGGGCUUCACUGGUAUGGAUUACCUGAUAUGAACAAACAAAGAAACACUCCUGUGUCUGACAUAGCUUUUGUAAACAACGAGGAUGAGGUUACUACAAAGUGGUUUGUUCUUGAUCCGUCAGUUGUCUCAAUAGUAGUAAUUGACGGAUCUGGAUCAGUUCAACAGCUAGCAUGGCAGGGACAGCCACAAGGUUGGACCACAAUCUGGUCAGCACCAACGGAUGAGUGUGACAAGUAUGGUAGGUGUGGUCCAUUUGGUAUUUGUAAGGCAUACACUGCUAACUGGGAGACAUGUGCAUGCUUUCCUGGAUAUGAACCCAACUCCCCAGAGGAUUGGAAAUUAAGAGAAGGGUCUGGUGGGUGCAAGAGGCAGCAGGGAGCUCCAUCAAUGUGUAGGAAUGGAGAAGGCUUUGUAAAGAUACAAAACUUGAAGAUUCCAGAUACUUCCACAAUCAAAUUGGACAUGAAUUUGACUAUGGAUGCAUGUGAGAAGUUGUGUUUGAAUAACUGCUCGUGCUUGGCUUAUGCCAGUGCAGAUGUGAGGAAUGGGGGUAGCGGGUGCAUGACAUGGUACGGAGAUUUAAUGGAUACUACUCAGUUUGCUCAAGGACAAGGACAAGAUCUUUACAUACGCGCUAAUGCAAUAGUUUCAGCCAAGUACAGAAAGAAGUCAAAGAUAUUCCUUGCCAAAAAGGGGAUGUGGUUGAUUUUCGUAUGCCCACCCAUUGCUAUGAUAUUCUUGAUCUUUAUCAGAAUUUGGUGUUUCAGGAGGAAGACAAUAGGCUCUCUCACGAAUCAUUAUGAAAGUAAAACUCACAAAGACCUGGAAUAUUUUGACCUAAGGAGCAUACUUGUUGCCACUGACAAUUUCUCCACUGCUAACAAGUUAGGGGAGGGAGGAUUUGGCUCAGUGUAUAAGGGCCGACUAGCUAAUGAAGAGGAGGUUGCUGUGAAAAGAUUAUCAAAGAACUCUGGACAAGGUUUAGAACAGUUUAAAACUGAGGUUAAGCUGAUAGCAAAACUUCAGCACAAGAAUCUCGUUAGGCUUCUUGGUUGUUGCAUCAAUUCAGAAGAGAAGAUGCUGAUUUAUGAAUACUUGCCAAACAAGAGCUUAGACUAUUUCAUAUUUGAUAGAAGUAGAAGCUUCUCAAUAGACUGGAAAGGCCGUUUUGACAUUAUAAAUGGAAUUGCAAGAGGGAUCCUAUAUCUCCAUGAAGACUCAAGAUUAAAGAUUAUUCACAGGGAUAUAAAAGCUAGCAAUAUCUUACUGGAUUCCACAAUGAACCCAAAUAUAUCAGAUUUUGGACUGGCUAAACUGAUUGGGGAAGACCAACUCCAAGCAAAUACAAACAGAGUGAUUGGAACAUAUGGCUACAUGUCACCUGAAUAUGCAAUGGAAGGGCGAUAUUCAACAAAAUCUGAUGUUUUUAGCUUUGGUGUCCUACUGCUAGAGAUCAUCAGUGGCAAGAAGAAUACCGACCACAAUCUUGACAGCCCUUCCCUCAAUUUGAUUGGAAAAGUAGGCAAAUUAUUGCAUCAGGUUUGGGGUAUGUGGAGAGAGGGACAAGCAUUGGGAAUACUUGAUCCAUCUUUGAGUUCAUACCCUGCUCAGGAGGUUUCAAGAUGCAUCCACAUCGGGCUACUAUGCGUGCAAGAAUCUACAACAGAUAGGCCAACAAUGUCAGAAGUAGUUUACAUGCUGGGCAAGGAAACACCACUCACUUCUCCUAAGAAGCCUGCAUUCAUAUUACAAUCCAGCAAUCCAAACUCAGAAGAAAUGCUAAGAAGAGGACCUUCUCAAAAUAAUGUAACAAUAACCAUGCCUGAAGCCCGCUAAAACCCUAGGGGA